AUGACGGUCUGCUGCUUGCAAGACGCAGCAGCAGCUGCAGCAAAGCCUUCCGUCGAAAUCAAAGACAGCAUCAGCUCCGCCGCCACGAGCGGCACUGUGACCGAAGAAACCAGCAGCAGCAGCACGAACAAUUCGGAGUUUUCUUUGCCAAAAACACAAAGUCCAAAAAAAGAAGAAAACAAAUCUUAUUCGACACUCUUUUCGGCGCUUUGUUUGGCAAUUGAAGAAAGAAUAAAAGAAGUCAAAAAAGAAAAGGAAGAGGCGCUUUCCAAGGAAAAGAAGCAGCAAGAGGAGGCAGCAGCAGCAGCAGCAACAGCAGCAACUGCAGCAGCUGCUGCAGCAAGAGCAACAGCUGCUGCAGACGCAGCAGCAAACAGGGAAAAUAACCCGGAACUCUGGGCCCGAGUUGCUGAGGCUCUGCAGCAGCGAAGAAGCCUCAACAGAGACAGAUGCAGUCUUCGACUAAGACCCUUCAGAAGUGUGCCCAAGCAAAAGCUGUUCGGCGUUGCUGCUGCAGCACAGGGUGCUGCAGCAGCUGCAGCACGCGGUGCUGCAGCAGCUGCAGCACGCGGUGCUGCAGCAGCAAAAGAGGCUGCUGCUGCUGAAGAACAAAAAAGACUCGAGAGACCAGCACGCACAAGAGAAGAAGCUCUCAGUUUAGAAAUUCGAUUAGGAGCAGUUAGGGAAUAUCUGCGGAUAAAGAGGGAAGUGUUUGCUGCCAAUCUUCGUUCUGCUGCAACAGCAGCAGCUGCAGCAGCAGCAGCUGCUGCUGCUCCUGCUGCAGAAGUUGCAGUGGUUCCCGCUGCAACAGUUGAGGCAGCAGAAUUUGCAGCAAUUCCCGUUGUUGCUGCUGCAGCACCCGCUGCAGAAGUUGCAGAAAUUGCUGCAGCUCCCGCUGCAGCAGCAGCAGCAGCAGCAGCUCCUGCUGCUGCUGCCACCGCAGCACCCUACAAAUCUGUGAACUACAGCAGACAAAUCUACUAUCCAAUAGACCACGCCACUGGAAAGAAAAUGGAUUAUCCUGUUUUCAAGAACAUUUCCUGGAGAAGAAGUCAGGACGAGGCGCGGGGUCCGAAGCCCUACGGCUACCUGGGGAAGAAGACGGCGCCUCCUCCAUUUGUUGCGCGUUUUGAAUUAAAUCCUGAUGGGACUUAUUGCCGGAAAGUAGAUCCCUUGGUGCAGCAGCAGCUGAAGCAGCAGCUGCAGCAGCAGCAGCAGGUGCAGGUGCAGCAGCAGCUCAAGCAAAAGAUGCAGCUGCAGCUGCAGGAACAGGCGCAGCAGCAACUGCAGCAACGGCUGCAGACGCAACAGGAGCUCCACCAACAGCUGCAGCAGCAACCGCUGCACGAACAGGUGCUGCUGCAGCAACAGCUGCAGCAACAGCUGCAGCAACAGCUGCAGCUACAACUGCAGCUACAACUGCAGCUUCAGCAACAGCUGCAACAGCAACGGCUUCAGGAGCAGUUGCAGCAACAGGAGCUUCAGGAUCAGCAGCUGCAGCAGCAUGAGCAGCAGCUGCAACAACAGCAGCUGCAGCAGCAAGAACAGCAGCUGCAGCAGCAAGAAGAGCAGCCGCAGCAACAGCAGCAGCUGCUGCAGCAGCUGCAGCAAGAGGGCUGCGACGUGUUUACUUCUGAAAGGGAGUUGCAAAUUGCAGAACUAAGUUUGUUUCCAGCUCUUGAAGGUUGGAAUAAAAUCAAGGAAGAAAUUCACUUUUCCGAAUAUGGAGCAGAUGUGCCUUUUGCGCCGCUGACUUCCGAGGAAGUUUUUAGGGCCCUCAAGUUGGUGGCUCGGAGGGGAAAAAAUGUGAAGAGUGGAAGUUGA